AUGGACCUACCUUCGACAUCUACCGCAACCUCGGAUGAGUCAACAGUGCAUGUAAAAACGAACGAUGAAAUUAUUCAUGACGUAGCGACAACAUUCUGGAUAGUGUUUAUAUUCUAUGUUUUCGCAUCUGUUGCGUGGAUUACGUACUGUAUUAUAUCGUACAGAAGAGAUUUGGAAAAACUUAAACUAUCAGCAGAAAAGAAUAGUAUUGCACGAUACCUGGAAUUAAGAAUUCCAAUUUUUUUCACGCUGAAAAAGACGGAAGGCGAAGGCUUCUUAAAGCCUACGAUUCUGUGGAUAUCGAGAAUUUACGUAGUGAUUCUGAAGUUCUUGAUGAUGUUACAUGAGGUGGUUUUAGACGACGUACAGGAGGAUAAUAAUCACCAUGGAAUACUGAAUUACGGGGCUUUGUCAGGACAGGGAUGGAACACAUCUCUACAUUUAGCAAGACAUAUAUUUAAAUGCAUAGUGCUUUGGCGUCUUAUCGAAACUUUCAUUGGAGUACCUAUAAAAAUAAAAACUGCAGUUUUACGAUUAACAGUAACUCAGAUAUUAUUCCAGAUGUGUUCAUUCUGA